GUCGCAGAGGUGGAUGUGGCACUAGUGGCAGCAGGCAAUAAUCGGUUGUGCGUGAACGUUAUUGGCCUAGGACGGCAGACUAGAGACUGCAGGCGAUCUGUAUAGGCCCCUUAAAUGCCAAGUUUUAAAAGUGUGAAACAUAGCAAAAACUUGUAUGAUCAGAUCAAAGGGCGAACUAUAAAAUGCAGUUACAUAACAUUUUUAACCGAUUUAAUCAAAUUUUUACUGUAUUCAUGUGCAUGCGAUAAAAUUACAUAUACCUAUGUUACUCAUAUAGCGGUCUGGUAUACAUAUUGUUCAUUUACUACGACGCCUUAGGAUGUAAACUUAUUGAUGCCAAUUGAUAUAGCGGCGAUGUUUCGAGAUUCGCGUUGAAAAUUAGUAUCGUACAAGCAUUUGAGUCGUUUGGUGAUCUCAAUAAGGAAAUAUAUUAUUUAAUAGUGUGUUAAAAAUUUAAAAAGGAAAACAAUUUAUUAUAAACAAUAAAUAGAGCGAGAAAUAUAAUCUAAUUUAAAUUUAAUAUGAAUAUUAAAGUAUUUUCCAAAGAUGAGAAAUCAAAUGAGGAUGUGUUCAGAAGAUUGUGUGAUUUCGGAACAUUUCAGACUGUACAGUAUUUUUUGAUUUGUUUGCCGUUGGUAAUGGUGUCCAUGAUGAAUGUGAAUUAUAUAUUUGUUGCGGAAAAUAUCAACUACAGAUGCCGUGUCCCCGAAUGUGACGGUUCGAACGCCACAGCGUCGACGCCCCCAUGGUGGCCCAGCGGAUACGACUCCAAGUGUACCAGACCAAUAUUCAACCUAACAGACGAGGCGACAUGCGAAAACCAGAUUGCUGUUGAAUUCAGAGAAUGUGAUGACUGGAUUUAUGAGCAUAGGAAUUCAGCUGUUGUUGAGCUGGACAUUGGAUGCCAAUCAUGGAAGGCUUCGUUUAUAGGCAGCAUCCACAACAUCGGAAUGUUGUUCUCAAUGAUAUUGAUGGGUUGGAUAGCAGACAGAUUUGGAAGGAAACCAACUAUAAUAAUAUGCGCAGUAGGGGGAGCGGUCGGAGUAUUUAAAAUCUUCGUGACAAACUUCUACGCUUAUCUGGCUAUAGAAUUCUUGGAGUCAUUCAUCGCAUCCGGCCUUUACACUGUGGCUAUUGUUUGGAUGAUUGAAGUCGGCGGCGAAACUAAAAGAGUCUCAGCUGGUGUUAUCUUUUCCUACGCCAUAUACGUAGGCGAAGUAGCAUUCGCGUUCAUAGCGAUGGGCCUUCAACAUUGGAAAUCUCUGAUUAUUGCCGUAUACGCCCCUGUGAUCAUAUUCGUCGUAUACACAAUUGUUCUGAAAGAGAGCACAAGAUGGCAACUACUACGAGGAAAAACUAAUGAUGCAAGAAAAACGUUUAAAAUAAUUGCUAGGAUAAAUAAAAUAAAACUAACGAAUGAUGAAAUAGACAAUAUAAAGGAAGAUGAAUUAAGAUUAAAGUUUAACGUCGCUUCUCAAAAGGAAAAAGAGACUGUACAUGAUAUUAUCAAUUCUAAAGAAAUAAUGAUACGUCUAUCGGUUAUUUCUUUUUGUUUUUUUACUUCAAGCUUUGUAUACUACGGGUUGGCUGUACAAGCAAUAUCAUUGCCUGGGGACAAAUAUUUGAAUUUUGCACUGACUUCGUUGACAUCUUUUCCUGGAGAUCUGUUGGCAUAUUUCACCUUUUCCAAAUAUGGUAGAAGAAUUUCAUUACAAGCCGGGUAUUUUGCCUGUGCUGCAUUUAUACUGGCGCAGGCAUUUGCUCCAGAGUCAAUUCCAUGGCUAAAACUCCUACUGUUUCUUCUGGGAAAAUUAGGAACCGCCCUCUGUUUUACUGGAGUAUACACUUACAGUUUAGAAUUGUUUCCUACUAGCGUAAGAGGAUCCUUGUUUGGUUUUUGCAACACGCUUGCGAGGAUCGGCAGUAUGUUGUCACCGCUUGCUCCGUUAUUGGUGUCGGAGCUACCGGCUCUACCAUCGAUACUUUUUGCUUCGACGGCCAUGAUGGCUGCUCUAUUAUUAACAUUCACUCCCGAGACGAAAACAUUGCCCUUGUUCGAUACUGUGGCAGAAGUAGAGGCUUACAAAUCAAAACUUACUACCAAACUUUAGAAGAAAAUACUAUAAAAUAAAUGGUCAUGAUCAAUA